UCACCAAAAUGCACACUGCAUAAACCCUACAUAAAACCUUGCACGUGUGUAUAUAAUGCACGCACUGCGUAUUAUAGCGUGUAUUCUCUGCUCCUGGCGCAGAUUAAAACACCUUUUCGCUCUCGCCCCGCCUGAACCCUUUCUUCCGACGUUUACCCAGUUCGAUCAUCUGAGAUCAUCAGGAAUUGUGUUUAAUUUUAGUGACGAGUUGUCUUGAUCAUUUGGCCACAUAAUAUAUGUUCCAAUGGAUUUAAAAAACAAAGGUAAAACGUGGGUUGGGAACAUAUGUAACAGGUUCGAGUCCAUGUGUAAUGAGGUUGAUGGUUUUAUAAACAAGGAAACAGUUAAAUAUGUUGAGAAUCAAGUGCAAAGUGUUGGUUCAGGUGUGAAAAGAUUUUACACCAAUGUGGUCCAAGAAAUGCUUCCACCAUUAGAGGAUAUCGUGAAUUCUGAAGAGUGGUCUAUGCAACAGGGUUCUGUUGACACUCAGAGAAACAACAAUACAUUGAUGCCAAGCAAACUAAACUGUUCAGUGCAAUGUUUUACUGCACCUGUUGCAGAUCCUUGUGAAGAAGCAGAAACUGAUUUGCCUUUGGAACAAUCUGGUGAUGGUAUAAUCUCCAAGGACUCAGAUAAUGUGGUUCGUGAGACAAGGGAUACAAGUGGAGUUCGUAACAAUACCUCACUGUCCAUGGUUUCUUCACUAGCACCACCAGUUCAUGAGGCAAGGCUUGUAACUCUCCCAAAAGGAGGGAUCUCUGGUAAAAGCUUUUCAGAUGCCGUAGAGUGCAGUUCUGAUGUAUCAAGCACUGGCUGGGAAUUUAAUCUUGAACUUGACUUGCCAGAAAUUGAAGAUUCCAAUUCUGAUGACGAUAGAAGUUUAUCUGCACCACAAGAUGUUUCAGUUGAUAAAGGUCAAGAGGAUAAUGUUCCAGUAAUGGAUUCAUCAUCAUCUUCAGCUGAUGAUGCAGAUUGCAGAACCCCAGAAAAAGAGAAGCUUACUUCGGAUAACCUUUCAACUGAAGUUGUGUGUUUCAAUGCUUCAAGCCCCGUCCUGCCAACUGCACUUGAGUUGCCAGAAGUUGAAGAUUCAAAUUUUGAUGAAGAUGCGAAGUUAUCUGUACCAAAACCAGUUUCAAUUGAUAAUGGUCAAAAGGGUAAUGUUAAGAUAAUGAAUUCAUCAUCAUCAUCUUCAGCUGAUGAUGCAGAUUGCAGAACGUCAGAAAAAGAUAGACCUCCUGAUGAUAACCUUUCAACUGAAGUAGUGUGUUUCAAUGAGUCAAGCACCAUCCAGCAACAUGACUUGCCAGAAGUUGAAUCUUCAAAUUUUGAUGAAGAUGGGAGUUUAUCUGUACCACAAGCAGUUUCAGUUGACAAAGGUGAAAUAUAUAAUGUUCCUACAAAAAAUUUAUCAACUUCUUCAGCUGAUGAUGCAGACUGCAGAACCUCAGAUAAAGAUGGUACUCUUUCUGAUAAUUUUUCAACUGUAGAUGAGUGUUUCAAUGCGUCAAGCACCAUCCAGUCACCUGAAAUUGUGGUUUCAAAUUUUUCUUGUGAGAACGAAGAAGCGGAUAAUGGUGUUUUCUGUUCCGGUUGUUCUGCAUCUCCUGAGUCUUCUAAUUUUUCGGAGUUAACACUUGCAGAGUUGGUUCAGAAGGCUGAAGAUAUAUUUGGUCCUCGUGUUGAUUCUAUUGAUUGCAUUUAUGAUAAAUCGAACGACCAUAAAUGUUCUGCAUCUUUCACUACUGCAGCAUGUGAAACAAAGACUCCGGAUUUUAUUCCUGCAUUUUCUGAUGUUAAUACUUCCACAACUCAUGGAUCAGUUUCUGUGUUUGAACCAUCUGGAAGUAGGAAAGAACUAUGCUGUGACAGUCAUCAAUCCAAUUUGCUCAUGUCUCCUGCAGAAAUUGGUAACUUUUGCGAAGUUAGUGGUGGUAUUUCUGACCGUGACAUGGCAACAGUCGAUCUCUCUGAUAAGGUAGAGCGUGAUGGAAGUUGUGCUAUUGUGAAUGCUAACUCUGUCUACAGUGCUGCUUACAGAGGGAGAAAUUUCAGAUAUUAUAAGAAAUUGAUUAAGAAUGCUUUUGGAUCACACAAGAGAUUAAUCAAGGAAUAUGAACACUUGGCAAUACUGUAUGGAGAUGUUGAUAAAGAAUUAUGGCAACAUUCUGGAUCAAGUUCUUUGCCCUCUACACCUACUGCAUAUUCUCUCUUGCCGAGAUCACCAUCACAAGAGACACCUGAGCCUGAUUGGGAGCUUCUGUAAAUAAAUCCAAUGGUCGAUUUGCAGAGAGUGAGUAAAUUAUGAGCCUUUUCAUCUCAUUUCUUAGAGUAAAUAAAUUCUGUCUACACUUCCAAUUCAGUAGUUCAAAUUUUAUCUCCAUUGAAUAAUGUCGUUUCCACGGGAAAUUCUGGAUACUCUCUAUUCUGCUACUGCUUGAUGCAUUUCUAAACUUCCUUAUUUUCUGACAUUCUAGUUUACCACGGUGAGUUAUGUAAAAAGAAACCAAAACUUGUACAGUAGAAGUACAUUUACAUCUUUUGUUCAAAUUGAUCCAUUUUAUCGA